AUGGCUCAGGAUUCGGCUCCGUGUUCGGUGAAAGCGCCGGUCCCACUCCAGGUGGGGAAUGGGAAGUCGGAGCUGGGCCGCCCCGGCGUCUACGUCAUCGAUGUCACCCUCCAGAAACCUCAGACCGUCCACGAGAUCUCCUUUAAGAAUUUCUACACGGCCUUCCUGACGGUGAGGAUCCAGCAGAGGAAGAAGUCCGACCCCAAGAAUAGAAGAUGGCGGACGUGCGUCAGGGACCUGCGGCUGAUGGCCAACCCCCACACCGAGGACGGCUCCCAGGACUAUGUCUCCCUCCACGCUCACCAGAUGCUCUGCGCUACAGACCACGUCAGCUCCAUCCGUCUCAUUUUGCGGCAGCCGUCCCCGGUCUGGACGACAUUCACCCUUGAAGAUCUGCAGAUCAAUCCACCUGGCCGACAGAGUCCCCAGAAGGGGUUUUCCUGGUGGCUAAAUCACCUUCCCCCGAAGGAGCAACUCCGAAGCCUGAACAAGGGCCUUCCGGAUCCCAACCGUGUGUCCAGUGAGCUGCAGCAGAUGUGGGUGUUGACAGAAGUGAUGAGGUCCAAUCAGAGCGCAGCGAGUGUCGGCAGGUUUGAUGUGGACGGCUGUUAUGACAUCAAUCUUCUGUCGUACACAUGA